CCACCGGGAGAGGCCACCUGAACCGCUUCACUAUCUCCUUUUGGGAUUUCCCGCGGGGAGUGAUGAACUCCAUCGAUCCUCAGUCCCAUCACCAGCACCACCAACACACCUCCCCUACCGUCGGCUCUCUCCCACCUAAAGGCGCCCAGGAGGCCCCGGACAUGGCCGCUGUUUACUGCGACAACUUCAGCAGCAUGUACCACCAGCAGAGCCUCCAGGGCGCACAGAGACCCGCCGGCUACGGCCUCGGAGAUUACGCUUCGUCUCCAAACCCGUACCUGUGGCUCAACGGGCCGGGCGUCAACUCCUCCGCAUCCUACCUGCACGGCAACAACACGGCGUCGUUCAUCCCGCCUUCAUACGGCUCACAGCGGCAGUUCAUAACAAACUCACCUGGCUUUGGUGGGCCCGACCUGGGCUGGCUGUCCAUCGCCAGCCAGGAGGAGCUGCUGAAGCUGGUCCGGCCACCCUACUCCUACUCUGCGCUCAUAGCCAUGGCCAUCCAGAAUGCGCACGAGAAGAAGCUGACGCUGAGCCAGAUUUACCAGUACGUCGCCGACAAUUUCCCGUUUUAUAAGAAGAGCAAAGCCGGCUGGCAGAACUCGAUCCGGCACAACCUGUCUCUGAACGACUGCUUCAAGAAAGUGCCGAGGGACGAGGACGAUCCAGGAAAAGGAAACUACUGGACAUUGGACCCAAACUGUGAAAAGAUGUUUGACAACGGAAACUUCCGCAGGAAAAGGAAAAGGCGGACAGAUCCUAGCAGCGCAGGAGGAGCAGCAGCAGUUGCAGCAGCAGCAGGAGCCACAAAAGUGGAGGACGGCAGGCCAGCAGUGGCGGCCUCGUUGAAGCCUUCAGACAGUCCUCAGCUCCUGGGGCCAUCCUCACCAGAGAUGGAGGUGAUGAACGAGAACCAUAAGAGCUCAUCUUCAUCUUCACCGCCCGGACUGGCUUCGACCGCUCCUUGUUUUAAUAACUUUUACAGCAACAUGUCGACCCUUAGUUCGGGGGGCCCCAGCCGGCAGGGGUCCCUGGGACUGGUGAACGAGCUUUCUAACAGGAACAUUACGGCCUUGAGCCCGUACCACCUCAACCAUGGUGGGCAGGACACUGGGACAUCAGAACACGGCGAGGGGUUGCAUUUCAACCGUGGAGUGUACUACAACACUUUUGGCAGCGGGCAGAGCGGACAGUUCAACAGUCACUUCUACAACAGUUUCAGUGUCAACAGCUUAAUUUAUCCCAGGGAAGGGGCAGAGCUAUAGGAGCUGAUUUACCACAUCGUCACACUGUUUUAGGGACUUGCUGCUCAGUGAAUCCCACUGAAACACAAAAUACAUACAUGCAUUUCAGCUGAGAGGUCAGAGUGUAGGGUGCAACAACCCUCCCUUCAUUGAUCAGUGUCACCGGAGAGAUUAGAGAACUAGAGUGUUUUAGCUUGAUUCAACUUGACAAGCACUCAAACUGUGGAAAACACCAGCCGGAAAAGACAAACAAAAAAUGAGCACUUAUUUUUAUUACUCUUUUUUUAUCACUAUAUCAAAGCUCCUACUUUGCUCUUAAUGGUAAAAUAUACUUGCAAAGUAAGAUAACCACUGAACACUUGUGUCUUUUGUAAUAUUUUAAGCAUCGAUUUUGCAGUUUUUGGCAGUUUCAACAGAAACUUUCCCUAUUCUUGUGGUCAAAACCACUCUGUCAUGUUUAAGAUUUAAAUGGAAGUUUGAUGUUUUGCCAAAUCUAUCCCAUAUUUCUUUGGAGUGGCCAAAUUCUUGCAGUUGAUUCCAUAUGUUGAAACUGUUUAUUCAUAAUCAACUAAAAUCUGCCAAAGUUGCCUUUGUGAGACCGCCAUUACCUCAAAACGACAAUCAUAUGAGAUAAAAGUUCCCUGCUAUGACGGGUUUACCUGUAUAUUUAGACAGUUUGCAAAUGCAGUAACGAUUGAUUUAAUACAAAUAUAAACCGAGACGGGACUUGCCUUAUUUUUAUAUCCUCCACGUUGACUGAAACCACAGCACUAAGGCUCAUGUAAAUACAUGGACGUUUAUAAAUGUGUAUUUUUGUAAAUUAUAAAGAUAGUUUGUGACUAUUUAUGCUAUUUAUGCUAAUAGGCAUUGUUUUCUACUGUUGUCUGAACAUAGUUUGAUUCAAGCAGAAGUAAAUGAUAUUAGCUUACAAAAUGCGCCGAAAACAGUAUCACUAAAACCCAGAUGUCAUAAAUAUAUAUAUCAAAACUA